AUGGCAUCAAUGGAAGACAUGAACAUGAGUACUGAAGAAAUUACACUUCCUGGAUUCAGAUUUCAUCCCACAGAAGAAGAACUCCUUGAUUUCUAUCUUAAAAAUAUGGUUAUUGGCAAGAAACUUCGUUACGAUGUCAUUGGUUUUCUCAACAUCUAUCACCAUGAUCCUUGGGACUUGCCAGGUUUGUCAAAGGUUGGGGAAAGAGAAUGGUAUUUCUUUGUUCCAAGGGACACAAAACAUGGUAGUGGAGGAAGGCCUAACCGCACAACUGAAAAAGGCUUCUGGAAAGCAACCGGUUCGGACCGGAAAAUCGUGACGUUGUCGGAUCCGAAGCGGAUCAUCGGGUUGAGGAAGACGUUGGUUUUCUAUGAGGGAAGAGCUCCACGAGGAAGCAAGACCGAUUGGGUCAUGAAUGAGUAUCGUUUACCUGACAAUAGCCCCUUGCCUAAGGACAUAGUGUUGUGCAAGAUAUAUAGAAAGGCAACUUCGUUGAAAGUGCUUGAACAAAGAGCAGCAGAAGAAGAAGAGAUGAAACAAAUUGUGGUUGGUUCUCCUACAUCCCCACCUUCCUCUACGGACACAAUCUCCUUUAACUACACACAACAAGACCAGCACGUGUCCGUACCGUUUUUGUUCCAACAAGUUAUUCCUAAGAAAGAAUCUCAACAUGAAACUGAACCUGUAACAAAAACCGAAACUCAUAACAUGGAUUCUUUGCUUGUGACAGAGAAACCAUAUUAUGAAAAAACAAUGACUCAGAUGAAAGAUAAUAACAAAAAGACUUGUGGAACAUCCUUGCAAUUGCCCUUAGGGAAGGACAAUGUUCCUGAGUUACAGUUACCUAUUGUAACGGAUUGGACUCAAGAUACCUUUUGGACUCAGCUUAACAGUCCUUGGCUACAAAACUGGACUGCUUACUCCAACAUCCUCAAUUUCUAG